AUGAAUUUGGAAGAAGAAGUGGAAAAUAUUCGAUUGGCGCGACUUUACACGGUGCACGGAAACUACAAGCAGGCUACAGAUAUAUAUUUUGGUAUUCUAGAAGCAUUGAGUACGGAUCACGAGGUAUAUCCGUACGUGUUGGUUGAAUAUGCAAUCUGUAUGACUGAAUCAUUCUUCACUAAAUGCGAGAAAGACUAUUUGAAGUUGCUUAACGCAAAGAAGAGCAAAAUGGAGAUAAAUGACGAGGAUUUGGAGUGUGCUUGGGACUGUUUUGAGACUGCGCGACUCUACUUCGAGAAGUUGGGAAGAGCAGANGAAGUGGAAAAUAUUCGAUUGGCGCGACUUUACACGGUGCACGGAAACUACAAGCAGGCUACAGAUAUAUAUUUUGGUAUUCUAGAAGCAUUGAGUACGGAUCACGAGGUAUAUCCGUACGUGUUGGUUGAAUAUGCAAUCUGUAUGACUGAAUCAUUCUUCACUAAAUGCGAGAAAGACUAUUUGAAGUUGCUUAACGCAAAGAAGAGCAAAAUGGAGAUAAAUGACGAGGAUUUGGAGUGUGCUUGGGACUGUUUUGAGACUGCGCGACUCUACUUCGAGAAGUUGGGAAGAGCAGAUUACCUUGCUAAGAUACACAAAUAUUCUGCUGAUAUCCUUUCAUUCAAUAACGACUUUGCUACUGCUGUGAUUGAGUAUGAGAAAGCAUUGGAUUAUUGUGGUUCUGAUUUCGCAAAAUGUGCGAUACUUGAAGAUAUGGCUGAUUGUUACGGGAAUAUGAAGAAUAAGAAAAAGGUUCAGGAGAUUGAGAAAACAAUUGAAGAUAUUCAACUGAUAUUGGAGAAAUAA